AAUUUAACCCAUUCAUCCUAUUGACAUCAGCCUUUGAGAAGGCGUAGUAGAUAUUAAAACACGCUUUGGUAUCUUGAUUUUAAAUAUGGCUGGAACAGGAGAUUGGCAAAAUGGUUUGUGCGGAUGUUUUAACGACAUUGGACUCUGCAUAAUCACUUACUUUGUUCCUUGCUAUACCCAAGGAAAAAAUGCAGAAGUAGUAGGAGAGAGCUGCCUGCUUUGUGGUUUAUCUCUCAUGGUUCCUUUACUCAAUAUCUAUGCUCGCGUAACUACUAGGGGUAAAAUAAGAGAUCAGAGAGGAAUUCCUGGAGGAUGCUGUCACGACUUCCUUUUAGUAAUUUUCUGCAGUUUGUGCACUUUGGUCCAAGAAGGACAGGAAGUUAAAGCUAUGGGCGGACAAGCCGUUGAUAAUGAAAAGAUGGAAAGGGAAUAG